GUCUGGCGUGGAGGUAACGGUCGGAGGAAGGGGCUUCUCCAGGGACUUGGUCCUUUGGUGCCCAGGGACAAGACCUCGAGACCCACCCUCCCGGCACCCCGCACCCCUUUCCCGGCGGACAGUCGCAGUGGGGGCGGCCCAGCCUUAGCGGUGGCGCAGAGAUGCUGCGGCAGCGGUCGGUGUUGUCGGGGCUGAUCCCUGGGGAGCAGGAGCCCGGGGAGCCUCGGGUAGAGGAGCUGUGCGAGCAGGAGAUGGAGAGGCUGUGCUCCUCCAGGGCGCCCGUGCGCACGCUGCCCUACGCCAUGGUGGACAAGCGCGUCAUCCGGCAGCUUCGGGAGCCCGAGGGGGUGCAGCCUUCUUGCUGGGAGCGAUGGCAGCUCCGGAGACAAAUUGCGGGACGGCGCCUCGGAGAGACGGCGCAGCGGCUGGCCCGCGGCUUCGGGCUCUGGGAAGGGGCUCUCUACGAGAUCGGAGGCCUCUUUGGCACCGGAAUCCAGUCCUACUUCACCUUCCUGCGCUUCCUGCUGCUGCUUAACCUGCUGACCUUCCUGCUGAUCGCCGGCUUCGUCCUGCUGCCCCUGGUCUGGCUCCACUCCCUUGACCCAGCGCCUUCCCUGAGCCUCACCCUCCAGUGCCCCGGUGGUGACCAGCCCCAGACUGGCCUUCAGAAGUUCCACAAUCAACUUUGGAACGUCUUAACCGGUAGGGCCUUCAACAACACCUAUCUCUUCUAUGGCGCGUACCGGGCGGGGCCUGAGGUUAGCUCGGCGUACAGCAUCCGCCUGGCCUACCUGCUCAGCCCACUGGCCUGCCUGCUCCUCUGCUUCUGUGGGACACUGCAGCGGAUGGUGAAGGGGCUGCUGCAGAAGCCAUUCCCUGGCCAGGGCCGCAGGACGCCGCUCAGCGCCAGGGUCUUCUCGUCCUGGGACUUCUGCGUCCGUGUGCGGGAGGCUGCCGCCAUCAAGAAGCUAGAAAUCCGCAACGAGUUCAAGGUGGAGCUGGAGGAGGAGCGCCGCUUCCAGCAGGCGCAGCAACAGACCCGGGCCCAGAGGAUCUGCCACCUGCUCACUUACCUGCGGGUCAACCUUCUUAUCGGGCUCCUGGUGGUCGCGGCCGUCAGCGCCAUCUUCUGGGUUACCACAUACUCGCAGGACAGCAAGGAGGAGUCCCUGUUUCUGCUGCUCCAGUACCUGCCCCCUGGGGUCAUCGCCCUGGUCAACUUCCUGGGUCCCCUGCUGUUUGUAUUCCUGGUCCAACUGGAGAAAUAUCCUCCCAACACCGAGGUCAACCUCACCCUUAUCUGGUGUGUAGUGCUGAAGCUGGCCAGCCUGGGGAUGUUCUCAUUCUCCCUGGGCCAGACCGUGCUGUGUGUCGGCAGGAACACGACCCGCUGUGAGUCCCACGGCUACAACGCCUGUGACUACCAGUGCUGGGAGAACUCGGUGGGGGAGGAACUAUUCAAACUGAGCAUCUUCAACUUCCUCCUCACGGUGGCCUUCGCCUUCCUGGUCACCCUGCCUCGCAGGCUGAUGGUGGAGCGGUUCUCGGGCAAGUUCUGGGCCUGGCUGGACCGAGAGGAGUUCCUGGUGCCCAAGAACGUGCUGGACAUCGUGGCAGGGCAGACAGUCACCUGGAUGGGCCUCUUUUACUGCCCCCUGCUGCCCCUGCUCAACAGCGUCUUCAUCUUCCUCACCUUCUACAUCAAGAAGUACACCCUCCUGAGGAACUCCCGGGCGUCCCCGCGGCUCUUCCGCGCCUCCAGCUCCACCUUCUUCUUCCAGCUGGUCCUCCUCCUGGGACUGCUCCUGGCCGCGGUGCCCCUGGGCUAUGUGGUCAGCAGCGUCCACUCCUCCUGGGACUGCGGCCUCUUCACCAACUACUCGGCCCCGUGGCAGGUAGUCCCGGAGCUGGUGGCCCUCCGCCUCCCAGUGCCCAGCCAGCUCGCCCUCCACUACCUCGGCUCCCACGCCUUCAGCUUCCCCUUCCUCAUCCUGCUCAGCCUUGUCCUGACCGUAUGCGUCUCCCAGUCCCACGCCAACGCCAGGGCCAUCCAGGGCCUCCGGAAGCAGCUGGUGUGGCAAGUCAAGGAGAAGUGGCACCUGGUGGAGGACCUGUCGCGGCUGCUGCAGGAGCCGGGCUCGAACGGCUUUCCAGGACUUGAGUCCCCUCACUCCCGAGCUUCGCGCCCGCAGUCCUUCUGCCCCGGAUUCCCGUGCCCAGGCUCCCCGCGUCCCAGGUCCCCCCAGCCCGUACCCUCCCUCGGGCAUCCCGCCGGGCCGCGCUCACCUUGCCCCGGACGGGGCGACGCCCCGGCUUCCGCCUGCAGCUUUGUCUUCCCUGGCGCCGCGGAGCUAUAGCACCGACCACCCGGGAUCCCCAGCC